CAAAGCGAGCCUAGUCACGGAGGCGAACGCGAAGCCGAGCCCCACACCGCGCCACGCGGCCCGCUCCGCCGCGCGACACCGCGACGCCACCACCCCAUCAUCCGCUCCACCGCGGCGAGCACCGCGCGCUGCUGCUGCUGCGUCCAAAGUCCAAGCUCCCAAACCAAACCUGCGCGUGCCCAAUCGAUCGGCGCCAUGGCCGCGGCCGUCGUCCUCCUCCGCCGCCUGCGCGGCGUCACGGCGGCGCCCCGGCGCGCGGCGGCGGCGCUGCCCCUGACCACGAGCGUCCGGGGUGUCUCCGAUUCGACGGAGCCGCUCACCAUCGAGACCUCGGUCCCCUACAAGUCCCACAUCGUGGACCCGCCCCCGCGCGAGGUGGCCACCACGGCGCGCGAGCUCGCCACCUUCUUCCGCGACAUGUCCGCCAUGCGCCGCGCGGAGAUCGCGGCGGACUCGCUGUACAAGGCGAAGCUGAUCCGCGGCUUCUGCCACCUCUACGACGGACAGGAGGCCGUCGCGGUGGGCAUGGAGGCGGCCACCACCCGCGCCGACGCCAUCAUCACGGCCUACCGCGACCACUGCGCCUACCUCGCCCGCGGCGGCGACCUCGCCGCCCUCUUCGCCGAGCUCAUGGGCCGCCGCGGCGGGUGCUCCAGGGGGAAAGGCGGGUCGAUGCACCUGUACAAGAAGGACGCCAACUUCUAUGGCGGCCAUGGCAUCGUGGGCGCGCAGGUGCCGCUCGGAUGCGGCCUCGCGUUCGCGCAGAGGUACAGGAAGGAGGCCGCCGUCACGUUCGACCUCUACGGCGACGGCGCCGCCAACCAGGGGCAGCUGUUCGAGGCGCUCAACAUGGCGGCGCUCUGGAAGCUGCCCGUCGUGCUCGUCUGCGAGAACAACCACUAUGGGAUGGGGACGGCGGAAUGGAGGGCAUCGAAAAGCCCCGCAUACUACAAACGCGGCGACUAUGUGCCAGGAUUGAAGGUCGAUGGUAUGGAUGUUCUUGCAGUCAAACAAGCUUGUAAAUUUGCCAAGCAACAUGCUCUUGAAAAUGGACCGAUUAUUCUUGAGAUGGACACCUACAGAUACCACGGACACUCUAUGUCAGAUCCAGGGAGCACUUACCGCACCAGAGAUGAAAUUGCAGGCAUAAGACAGGAGCGCGAUCCAAUUGAAAGGGUUAGGAAGCUACUACUGGCCCAUGACUUUGCAACCACACAAGAACUCAAGGACAUGGAGAAAGAAAUAAGGAAGCAAGUCGACACUGCCAUCGCGAAAGCAAAGGAAAGUCCAAUGCCCGAUCCAUCUGAGCUCUUUACAAAUGUAUAUGUUAAUGACUGCGGUUUGGAGUCAUUUGGUGUGGACAGGAAGGUGGUGAGAACUGUACUUCCCUAGGGUAGCCGACGGCCACCAGAAUCUUGGCUGCCUUGUGCUGUAGUUACAUAUACAAGAGGAGAAAUAAUUAAUAAUACAGGUCAAGGCAUCCUUAGUGUUAAUCUUCCUUUUUCUGUCACUAAAUAAAUUAUGUAUAGGUGAAUCAACUGCCGGAAUUAAUCCUGUCAUUUCAUCGUCUUGUGUGAUUCACAACUGCGAGUGCGACCUUCGGCAAUAUGCAGACGUAAUAUUCCCUUGGGGGGGUCAUGAAAAUUGUCAA